UCGGUUGGAUGUGAGGUCAUGUGAUGAGCUCUGUAGGACUGACCGUGCUACACCUAGUGACUCCUGUAGUGGCCGUGGUCACGCUGCUCAUGGUGUCCGUCGCCGUCGCCUCCAGUUGCUGGCUGGUCACGGAGGAGUUCAUGCUCAACCCAGAGUACAACGGCACCGGGGACCGGGACUAUCUGCCCAAGAGGACCGUCUCCGGACUCUGGCAGCUGUGUCAGACUUACCCUGGAGAUACAGAACUUGAUUGUUCCAACAUUGACUACUUCCCCAAGGAGGAGUACAGUCCAGACCCCAAUGACUCCACUAUGGCCAUACCUUAUGCUGUGACCAGAGCAGCAGUGUUCUUCGUGUCUGCCAGUCUACUGUUGUUGUGUGGAGAGCUGUGUUGCCUGUGUGGACACCUCUCCAGAACUCGACGACUGCUCACCUUCAUCUCUGGCGUCAUCUUCAUCAUCUCCGGUCUGCUGAUGUUGAUGGGUCUGGUGAUGUACAUCUCAGUGUUCAAGGCAGAAGUUGGCAGCAAACUAAGACCAAGGUCACAACUGCAACCCCCGAUGUUCACCUUCAGAUAUGGAUAUAGUUUCCUACUGUACGUGACUGGGUUUGUGACCAGCGAGGUGGCUGGGACCUGCGCAGUGUUCCUGUACAUCUACUGGACACAGCGUGAUUGGGCGAGGAAGAGACUGGAGAUGGCUACCACCAACCACCGCAGGAAGAGCAACUCGUCCACGCUAGACUAUGACCAUCAACCUCCUGUAUAUGUGGGAGGGGUGUACCAGUGUCGCAGACAUCCCUUCUACCCUCCACCUCUCCUAGAUAACCACUUAGACGCUGUCACUCCUGCCAACCAUACCAGGAUAGUCUACUUAGAUAAUGACACCAUCAGUCCACAACAUAGGGUGUACCAGUGUCGCAGACAUCCCUUCUACCCUCCACCUCUCCUAGAUAACCACUUGGACGCUGUCACUCCUGCCAACCAUACCAGGAGAGUCUACUUAGAUAAUGACACCCUUAGUCCACAACAUAGUAUACACACAGGUGUAGGUGUUAGCACAGUGUCUAGCUGCUACUACCCCACCUCGUGUGGCUAUCCCCCCGCCAUGCUGGGGCCCUGGGACCCCCACUGUGACGGAUGCCUACCCCAGCCCCCCACCGACCUGUGUGACGAACAUCCAGACUUUGUCACAUUCGACCUAGACGAUGUGCCCCCGCUGAGACCUCCCCACCGAGCCCAGGACACGGACACCCUUAGGAGGACGACCCCGGUCUAGCGACAAGCCAAGACCGUGACUUGGCGGUAGCCAGGCCUGACCACACUUUUAAUCGACUAAAACAUUUAAUAUUUCAAAUUUUAGAUACAAGGUUUUGAAUUUUUGACGUGAGUUCAAGGUGCGAGGUUAAGUGUGGUCAUGCAAACUAUUCAAGUGAGAGACAGGAAGUGUAGUGAAAAAGUGGAGUAUAACAAACUACUAAGUCAUCAGUGUCCCAGGAACUAAGAGUGUAAACAUUAUAGUUGUAAACUGUGUAAUCAACUGCUGCACUAAUCUAGUCAAAACAUUGUUUCGACAUGUCAUAUUAUAUUGAGUUUGUACUACGUGUGAUAUUUGUAGGAAAAAUUGAACUACUCGCUAGUUACUAGUUACUACUUGUUACAAAAGAUGAUUACAAACAAUCACUUUCAUCGCCAUAAUUGUGAUACAUAGCAACAACUGGAGUUUUACACUUUUUAUACUAGUUGUGAAAGUAAAUGACUCCAAGAAACGUUGGGAAAACUAAUUUAGCUUAAGUGAUAUGCUUGGAUAAGAUUGUUAAUUAAUUGUAACAACAAACUAAAACCAAUAAAAGCGUUAAAAAUAAUAUGAUAUUUAAAGCUUAAAACGAAAAGUACAGAAACUUUGCAAACAAUCAAAGUGCACAGGUAAAUGAGAUUUAUUCCUUGAUUGAACCAUCCACUGUAUAAGCAAUGUAGUAUUUGCUUGGUUUGUAUUUUAAAUUACCUCGUUGAAAAUGUUAUAAUAGACAAGAAAUUAAUUAUAAAUAUUAUUUAAUUAUAAGGAAUUAACAUAAAUUAGAUCAGGCUAAAUUUGGACAACCCAAACUGAAAUAUGAAGAUAAGGAUAAGGAUUAACCUUUAGUUGAUAAUUAAUAUCAUAAAAUAUUGUACAUUUGUAAUUUUUCUAGUUCUAUGAACAAAGGUACAAACUGUUUACCCAGUGAAUAAAAAAACUGUAUGUUUCAUAUUGUGAAUUUGUUGAAUCAUGUUAGUUUUUAUCAGAAAAUUUAAAUACUAGUAAUAUGUAACUA